GAUUUUGGGUAGGUAGAUUAGUAAUUUUGUUACCCAAAAUAUUUAUAAUUGUUAUUUUUUGAUUUGUUAUACACUACUAAAGUAACCAAUUGCUUUUGGCGGGAAGUGAAUAAUACAGCAACACGAAAAGCCUUCGUGUAUUUCUCCACCUCUCGGCAUAUUUCUCGGAGCUGUCGCAGGCGGAACGUGACCUUUCAAUGCCUCUUCGGGCUCUCCAACAAUCAGUUUCUCAUCAACUGUCUCAGAAGCAAGUGUGACGUGAUACUCUCUAUAUUUGCACAAGAGCAAAAAAAAGUCUAAAAAAUGCUCAAGAUAUUUGUGACUUCUCUACUGCUGUUGGCAAUUACUCUGUAUCCACAGGAGGCAGAUGGACAGGAAAAUUUGAUGCAUCUCUCAUAUCCGGAUGGAUAUCAGCCAAGACCGCCGACAACAUCAACGACAACAACAACGGUAGCUCCUGAAGUUACCACGAAAAAACCCUCCUUCUUCGGCAGAAUUGGGAAUUUCUUCUCGGGUGGAAAGACUACAACAGAGGCAUCAACAACUACUACAACCACUACUACUACUACGACAACCACCACAACUCCAAGGACUACAACAUCACUUCCAAGGACAACAGAAAGAACAACACAGAAGAAGGAAGAAUUUCCACCAUUGCCUCAUAGAGGUUCAGUACCCAACCAGCCCACUCCAUCAACCCCACCUUCAGCCUGGAGAACACCUCCCUCUACAGCUCCUUCUUCAGUUCAAUUCCUCCCCCGACAGACACCACAACCUCCAGUUCCGAUCUUCACAACCAAAGUCACUUCAACAACUCCUGUAGCUGAGGGUAGCAUUGAAUCUGAAGUUUUAACACUGUCAGAGACUCUGUUCACCAAAGACUCCAACAAUGCUGCCCGAUACGUUACUCCCAAUUACGCCAGUAAGACAGUCUCCUACUCAACUCAGGAUGAUGCUCCCAAUCCCUUUCUGCAAAUCACCAAUGAAGCUUCUCUCAAUGCCAUCCCUACGGUGGCUAAAAUGAAGCUACUUUUCAACAAUUACGAACUGGACACCACUGUCAAUGAGCACUCCACGGCCAUGGAGAAACAUGAAGAAAAUGACUUCCUGGAUGCAGUUCUAUCAACAGCGCCAAUGAGGGCUGCAAUGCUCUUCCUUCAGCGCAAAGACAAAGUCACAGCAGAUCCAGCUACUCACAAAGAUUUCCUCAAAACCACCUGGUUCAGCAUGUAUUCACGAGGACAGGGAAGAAUUGGAAGUUCGGGAUUUGAGCAUGUCUUCUUGGCAGAACUCAAGAACAACAGUGUUAUUGGGCUUCACAAUUGGAUCUAUAUGAACGAAGUGGAAAAGUCUGGGCAUCUGGACUAUAAGGGAUAUAUCAAGAAGCAAGAUUUAGGCACGAGUGGUUCCAUUGCCAAAAUCCGCUUCAGCUAUGACAAUAUCAACAAGCCGGUGAACAGUUUGUUUGUUGGAACGUCACCUGAGCUCGAGAUGGCCCUAUAUACUGUCUGCUUUGCCAUAUUCCCGGACUCUGAAUGCCUUCUUUCAGGGCAUGGGCAGAGAUUCAAAAUUAAGACCUACACUUUCAGAUACAGAGGAAAGAAUGUAAUUGGUAGUGCUUAUCCUGAGAUUAUUUAGCACAAUGAGAGGCUUUUGAAAUCCUGAUAGAUUUUCUUGAAACAAAUUAUCUUCGAAAGCUAUAGAAAAUACAUAAAUUUUAUAAUUUUUGUACGACAAAAAACUAUUACCACGAAAUAAAAUAUAAUAUUAGGAAUAUUUUGAACGAAAAAUUGUUGCUAAACAUAAAUGUUGAGAUUAAGAGAUUAAUAUAGCAGAAAUAUAAGACAUAUUGUUGCAUUUUUACUUAAAU